AUGGCGCAGAAUCAGAAGGGCAGCGACCCUAAUCACCUCUCACAAUACAAAUAUGGCGCUAUGUCGAAUUUGGUCCUGCAAGCGGACCGAAGAUUCGUAUCGCGAAGAGGCGACGAGGUUACAGGUGACCCAGAAUCACUCGCAGGUCGCAUCAACUUGGGCGACAUGGGCUCUCGAACCGCACGAGAAGCGGCGCCCGCCCGCCCUCCGGCGCAAGAACAAGCGCGGAAGAGGAAGCGAACAGAGCCAUUGCAGAGUUCGAGGGCGGCGGGUAUACUGGGCCAAGCAGAUCUUGACAUCGAGGGUCUGAAAUAUCGACCGAGAACGGCUGCGACGAAGGAUGUCUAUGAUCUGAUCGCCACCAAUGUUGCGCAGAAGAUGGGAGGCGACUACGGCCUGGCCAUUACUGCUUCAGCUACGGAUUCGGUGCUGGAGUAUUUGAAGGACGACAAUCUCAAGGACUUUGAUAAGAAGAAGGAGAUUGAUGAUAUUCUGGGAAUCACCCUGUCGAGCAAAGAAUUCAAUCAGCUUGUCAAUUUGGGCAAGAAGAUUACGGAUUACGAUGCGCAGGAUGAAGAUGAGGAGAUGGGUGAUGAGGCCGGAGAAGGCGCAGAUAUUGAUGAGCGCCAAGGUGUUGCCGUUGACUUUGGCGACGAGGACGAGGAUGAGGAGGGUGGCGGAAGAACGUACGAAGUGAGAGACGAGGGGGAGGAGUCAGAAGAUGAGCUCGCCAUGGGGACAGAAGAGGUCGCAGAGGAUGACGCACGGCCACCUCAGGAUGGCGAGGCGGAAGACGAAGAUAUGGAAGAGGACGAUGGCAUGGUCAUUGAGAACACUGCAAGACAACGGAAGAGGGAAGAUCGCGAUCCUAUGUUCGUUCCGGCGCACGAUAUUGAUGCAUACUGGCUGCAGCGCCAGGUAGGGCAGAUCUAUGAAGAUGCGCACACGCAGUCUGAGAAGACUCAAGAAGCUGAUCGCAUCAUGUCUGAGACUGAUGACGCUGGAGAAGAGAAGCCUUUGAGGGAGGUUGAAAACGAUCUGAUGGAGCUUUUCGACUACGAGCAUCCUGAGCUUGUUGGAAAACUCGUCAAGAACAGGGACAAGAUCGUCUGGGUCACCCGGUGGCGGAGAGCUGCUGAGGACGAGUCGGCUCGCGUGGCUAUCGAAAGGGAGAUGGUCAGCGCCGGCCAUGCUGGCAUACUUAAGGAGCUUCGAGGUCGCGAUGAGGCUCCUACGUCUGAGGGCGCAGCAAGGUUGAAGGUGAAGCUGGAUCCGAUGCAAUUGGAUGCGAACAUUCCGGCCAAGGAGGAAGACGAGAAGAAGGAGGGUCUUGUAGGAGGCAUGCAGCCGCGAAAGACGCUCAAUCUCGAAGACCUCAAGUUCGACCAGGGCAAUCACUUGAUGACGAACCAAAGCGUCAAGCUGCCGCAGGGCUCCACCAAGCGAGCGUUCAAGGGUUACGAAGAGAUCCAUGUACCGGCACCGAAGCGCAAGCAGGAGGCCGGUGAGCAACCCAACAUUCCAACCUCUCAGUUGCCAGCAUGGGCACAACCUGGUUUCGGAAACUCAAAGGAGCUCAACCGGAUCCAGACGAAGUGCUACCCUUCGGCUUUUGAGGACGACGGGAAUAUGCUGAUCUGUGCUCCCACCGGCUCUGGCAAGACAAACGUCGCCAUGCUGACGAUGCUGCGCGAGAUCGGGAAGCACCGAGAUCCAACGACUGGUGAUAUCGAUCUGGACAACUUCAAGAUCAUUUACAUUGCGCCUUUGAAAGCGCUCGUGCAAGAGCAGGUUGGCAAUUUUGGCAAGCGACUGGAACCGUACGGCAUCCAGGUAUCUGAGUUGACCGGCGACCGACAGCUCACCAAGCAGCAAAUCGCCGAGACGCAGGUCAUUGUCACGACGCCAGAGAAAUGGGAUGUCAUCACCCGCAAGGCGACGGACAUGAGCUACACUAACCUUGUCCGCCUGAUCUGUAUCGACGAGAUCCAUCUUCUCCACGAUGACCGUGGGCCUGUGUUGGAAAGCAUUGUCAGUCGAACGAUUCGCAAGACUGAGCAGACAGGUGACCCAGUACGGAUCGUUGGUCUGUCUGCCACCCUACCGAACUAUCGCGAUGUCGCGACGUUCCUUCGGGUUGAUCCCCAGAAAGGACUCUUCCACUUCGACGGCUCUUUUCGACCUUGCCCGCUUAAGCAAGAGUUCAUCGGUGUGACAGAUAAGAAGGCGAUCAAGCAGCUGAAGACCAUGAACGAGGUCUGCUACAACAAGGUACUGGAGCAAGUCGGCCAGAAUAAGCAGCAGAUGCUCAUCUUCGUGCACUCCCGGAAAGAGACUGCGAAGACUGCCAAGUUCAUCCGCGACAAAGCGCUCGAGAUGGAAACCAUCGGCCAGAUCCUUCGAAGUGAUGCUGCAAGCAGAGAGAUUUUGCGAGAGGAGGCUGAGCAAGUGCAAAACUCUGAUCUGAAGGACGUCAUCCCAUACGGCUUCGGCAUACAUCAUGCUGGCAUGAGCCGAGCGGAUCGUACUUCGGUGGAAGAACUGUUCGCUGACGGCGCUAUACAAGUCCUUGUCUGCACGGCAACGCUAGCCUGGGGUGUCAACCUUCCCGCGCAUACUGUGAUCAUCAAGGGCACUCAAAUUUACUCUCCGGAGAAGGGCAGCUGGGUCGAGCUCAGCCCUCAAGAUGUCCUGCAAAUGCUUGGGCGUGCUGGUCGGCCACAGUACGAUACCUACGGCGAGGGCAUCAUCAUCACCACACAGUCAGAGAUGCAGUACUAUUUGUCUCUCAUGAACCAGCAACUGCCAAUCGAGAGUCAAUUCAUAAGCAAACUGGCAGACAAUCUCAAUGCCGAGAUCGUACUCGGGAGCGUCCGCACGAGAGAUGAAGGUGUCGAAUGGCUUGGGUACUCGUACCUCUUCGUCAGAAUGCUGCGAUCACCUGCACUCUACCAGGUUGGUGCAGACUACGACGAAGAUGAGACACUCGAGCAGAAGCGAGUCGACCUUAUCCAUUCUGCUGCGAUGGUACUCGAGAAAGCCAGCCUCGUCAAGUACGACAAGAAGACCGGACGCUUCCAGUCGACCGACCUUGGCAGAGUUGCCAGUCACUACUACAUCACGCACAACAGCAUGUUGACCUACAACAUGCAGAUCCAGCCUUCAGUAUCGCCGAUCGAGCUCUUUCGGGUCUUUGCACUAAGUGACGAGUUCAAGUACAUCCCGGUGCGGCAGGACGAGAAGCUCGAGCUCGCGAAGCUGCUAGGACGUGUGCCUAUUCCAGUCAAGGAGACUAUCGAUGAGCCUCACUGCAAGAUCAACGUCCUGCUCCAGGCAUACGUGAGCCGUCUGAAGCUGGACGGCCUGGCGCUAAUGGCGGACAUGGUCUACGUCACGCAAUCAGCUGGACGUAUCUUGCGAGCCAUGUUCGAGAUCGCCCUCAAGAAGGGAUGGGCUGGUGUAGCGAAGGACUCGCUUGACCUGUGCAAGAUGGCAGAGAAGCGCAUGUGGCCGACCAUGACGCCUCUCCGGCAAUUCCCAGAAUGUGGUGCCGACAUUAUCAAGAAGGCUGAGCGGAUUGAUGUGCCAUGGUCAUCAUACUUCGACCUUGACCCUCCUCGAAUGGGCGAGCUGCUGGGCAUGCAGCGACAAGGCAGGCAGGUCUGCGCUAUGAUCGCCAAGUUCCCGCGAUUAGAGCUCAGCGCUCAGGUGCAGCCGGUGACUCGGAGCAUGCUACGUGUGGAAUUGACGCUCACUCCGAAGUUUGAAUGGGAUGAUAGCCUCCAUGGUCGGGCUGAGAGCUGGUGGAUAAUGGUUGAAGACUGCGAUGGUGAAGAUAUCCUCUUCCACGACCAGUUUCUAUUGCGCAAAGAGUACGCAACGGCCGAGAUGAACGAGCAUUUGGUGGAGUUCACCGUUCCCAUCACCGAGCCGAUGCCGCCAAACUACUUCAUCACGGUCACGAGCGAUCGGUGGAUGCACGCGGAGAGCAAGCUGGCACUCUCGUUCCAGAAGCUGGUGCUGCCAGAGAAAUUCCCAGCGCACACGCCCAUACUGGACUUGCAGCCACUGCCUGUCGCCGCUCUCAAGCGACAAGAUUUCACUGAUCUUUACCAAGACUGGUCGCAAUUCAACAAGAUCCAGACUCAAACUUUCAACUCCCUGCACCAGUCGGAUGACAAUGUCUUUGUUGGCUCUCCGACAGGUAGCGGCAAGACUGUUUGCGCGGAGUUCGCUAUUCUCAGGCACUGGACCAAAGCAGACAGUGGCAAGGCUGUGUACAUUGCGCCGUCCCAGGUACAGGUCGAUGCUCGUCACAAAGCAUGGCAGACCAGGCUCAACGCAGUAGCCGGUGGGAAAGAGAUUGUCAAGCUGACUGGCGAGACCACUGCUGAUCUCAAGCUGCUCGAUCGUGGUGACUUGAUCCUAGCGACGCCCACGCAAUGGGACAUGAUGUCUCGGCAGUGGCAGAGGCGAAAGAAUGUGCAGAACACCAAGCUCAUCGUCGCGGACGACCUACAUCUGCUCGGUGGCCAGGGCGGAUAUGUCUACGAAGCGGUCAUCUCGCGUGCGCAGGCCAUUGCCGUCCAGCUCGAGAACGGUCUGCGGGUAGUUGGUCUGAGUGUUUCCUUAUCGAACGCCCGCGACAUUGGCGAAUGGAUCGGAGCCAGCAAGCACACGAUCUACAACUUCAGCCCGAACGUCCGGCCAAUACCACUGAACUUGCAUCUGCAGACGUUCAACAUUCCUCACUUCCCUUCGCUCAUGCUUGCCAUGACCAAGCCGACAUACCAAGCCAUCUUGCAGCACGCUUCGGACAAGCCAGCGAUGGCGUUUUUGCCGAGCCGGAAGCAAGUCAGAGCGACUGCCCAGGACUUACUGGCUGCAUGUGUUGCGGAUGACGACGAAGAUCGAUUCUUGCAGACCGAUCUUGAGCAGCUUGGGCCGGUGCUCAACCGUGUUAAAGAGAAGUCUCUUGCGGAGUCUCUCUCACACGGCAUCGCCUACUUCCACGAAGCUCUGGUGGAAUCGGACAAGCGCAUCGUUGAGAGCUUGUUCACGCAAGGUGCGGUCCAGGUGAUGCUCGUCUCUCGCGAUUGCUGUUGGGAAGUACAGAGCAAUGCCCAUCUGGUUGUCAUCAUGGGCACGCAGUAUUUCGAAGGCCGCGAGCAUCGGUACAUCGACUACCCCAUCAGCGAGGUGCUGCAGAUGUUUGGCAAGGCUGGCAGACCAGGCAGCGACAAGGACUGCCGUGGUGUGCUGAUGUGCCCGGAUGUCAAGCGUAACUACUACCGCAAGUUCUUGAGCGAAGCCCUUCCAAUCGAAAGUCAACUGCAGUCCUACAUGCACGAUGCUUUCGUCACCGAGAUCAGCACCAAGACGAUCGAAUCGACCCAGGACGCCGUCGACUGGACGACCUACACCUACUUCUACCGCCGCCUGCUUGCCAACCCGAGCUACUACGGCCUCUCGGACACCAGCCACGAAGGCCUCAGCGCCUACCUCUCGGAGCAAGUCGAGCAGACGCUCAAAGACCUCUCCGACGCCAAGAUCAUCGAGCUCGACGAAGACGAAGACACCAUCACGCCCCUCAACGCCGCCAUGAUCGGCGCCUACUACAACAUCUCCUUUAUCACCAUGCAGACCCUCCUCCUCUCGCUCCGCCGCACGACCAAACUCAAGGGUAUCCUCGAGAUCGUCACCGCCGCCACCGAGUUCGAAGACAUCCAGAUCCGCCGCCAUGAGAACCACAUCCUGCAGCGCAUCUACGACCGCGUGCCUGUGAAGCUGGGCGAGACGAACUUCGAGUCCCCGCACUUCAAAGCGUUCGUACUGCUGCAAGCGCACUUCUCGCGGAUGCAACUCACCACCGACCUGGCGAAGGACCAGGAAGUCAUCCUGCGCAAAGUGCUCAACCUGCUCAGCGCAUGCGUCGACGUCCUUUCGUCAGAAGGACAUCUGAACGCCGUGUCCGCCAUGGAAAUGAGCCAGAUGACAGUGCAAGCGAUGUGGGACCGCGACUCGCCAUUAAAGCAGAUCCCGCACUUCGACGACGACGUCAUCGAAGCGUGUAAAGCGGCGGACGUGAAGGACGUCUUCGAGUUCAUGGACGCCAUGGAUCCGGCGGAGAAUAAGGGGUAUAAUGCUCUGGUUAAGAGUAUGGGGUUAACCAACAAGCAGCUCGGUGACGCCGCUCGUUUCACGAAUGAGAGGUACCCGAACGUGGAGUUGACGUUCGAACUCGAGGACCCGGACUCCAUCACCGCUGGCUCACCCGCAUACGUCAACGUCACCGUCGAGCGCGACGUCGACGAAGACGCUCCUGAGGAACUGGACCUCACAGUCCACGCGCCCUUCUACCCCGUCCCCAAGACGGAGAACUGGUGGCUCGUCAUCGGCGAAGAAUCCAGCAAAACUCUUUUGGCGAUCAAGAGAGUCACGAUCGCGCGGAAGUUGAGCACGAGGCUGGAGAUGGUGGUGCCGACGGCGGGGAAGAAGGAACUGACGUGUUUUCUGAUGAGCGAUAGUUACGUGGGUGUUGAUCAGGCGCCUAACUUCGAGGUUGAGGUGGGGGAGGGGGAGGAGGAGGACGAUGAGGAGGGGGAGGGGGAUGAGAUGGAGGAGUAG